GACGACGACUAUGCAGUGUUUCGUUUGGAAAUAACUCAAAGCCAGAAAGAGAACAGGGCAUUGCGGAGGAAACUACACCUAUUGGAACCGAAGGUUGCACGGGAGCGCACAGAUAGAACAACGCGAGAGCGCGUCCUCGCCAGUCGUCCCAGUAGUGUCAAGAUCCUCGACCGAUACAGAGGAAUGGCAAGAGGUGAAGGACAUCUCACUGGAGGCUACAGGGGCUUUGUGAAGCAAGUGGGACACAAAACAUGUAGAGAUGACCAACCAAUCACUGUUGACGAGGGGAGUGGAACCUCAACCCAGCACGUUAUCGUGAUAGAGCCUGCAGAUGCAGAGGCUGCAGGUCCUGGGGUCAAGCUGGAGAGGUCUGAAGGAGAGGAGGACCCACGACACAGCAGAAACAUCCAGACUGGAGCGGCUGGAGUGCCCCCUGUAACCACAGAGGACUCCACCGCCACCCUAGUGCCGCCCAGGCUCCGACGCAGCAUCACAGAGGACAGUGGAACGCAGAACGCCGUCCUCAAGUCAGAGACAGACACUUUAACUGUAACACAAAGGAUUUUACACACAGGAUCUGACCCAGAGAUACUGGGGCUGGGGGGACUGGGAUGUCGUUCUUCUCCCAGCUCAGAGUAUUUACUUUACGGUAACCCGAGGACGGUUCUCUCCCAUCAGGACUCAGGUAAUGCAUUACAGACUGGCAAUGAUCCAUCUUGUUCUUACACUGCCGAGACUGGGAUGAUACCUGGUGACAUGCCUGUGGGCUUAGAUACACAGACUAAUCCAAUGAGAGGGGACUGGAACCGGUACAGUAGUAGUGUGUAUUCUGAAGAGUGCCUGGAUGAGAAAGGGGAGGGUCUGGCCUUAGAUGAUGUGACUGUGAAAGUGGAGGGCGAUGCUCCUCUGACAUGGAAUGAAGUCGAGACUCAUUUAGGAGAAGGACACUCGCAGGGCAACAGCAGUGACUUCUUAGACUACAGGGAAAACUUAGAGACAAAUCUAAAUGUCACAACCAACUCCUCUUUACACUCAGUGUCGAUGUCGAUGGCACCUUCCGAUUCACAAGGCCUAUUCGAUCAGGUAUUGAACUCAAACGACCAAAGGUCCAAGGCUCGGGGAGGGGGAUCAAAAACGGGCUGUAAAGAGAAGCGAUUCCUCUGCAUGUUCUGUAACAAAGGCUUCAGCUGCCCUCAGAAGGUGGAGAUCCACCAGAGGGUCCACACAGGGGAAAAACCCUACAGCUGUACCCAGUGUCACAUGCGGUUCGCCCAUGCUGGCAACCUAAAGAGGCACCAGAGGGUCCACACAGGGGAGAAACCCUACAGCUGCCAACAGUGUGAGAAGCGGUUCUCCCACCAGCACCAUCUGAAGAUGCACCUGAAGGUCCACACGGGAGAGAGGCCAUUCAGAGAGUAACUACCUGAGGAUACAGCAGCAGAAAAACCAUUCCACUCUAUAACAUAGAAAGUAACCAUUCCAUUUGAUAGCUUCUGACUUUGACAUCAAACCCUGCAUUAAAGACAAAGAUGAAUGUUGUCAACAGAAAAGAUCCACAGAUGCAUUUGGAAUAAUGAGAGUAACAGAUUUCAGUGUUAAGUAUUCCUGGGUAGAAUAUUGCAUCCAGAUAUAGUGAUAUAUAAUGCAUAUAAAAGCCUAAUGAGUCUGUUACAUAUUGUAUUUGUACUGUGUAGGCUAUAUGAUGUUCACAAAUUCCUAUUUCAUUACUUCCCUUCAAUAUUUCAUUUUUUGCCCAAGACACUUUUAAUGAGUAUAUUAAUGCAGUUCAUCAAGUUCAUGCAGAUGUAUGUGUGGUUUUUAUACGGUGAAUUUAAAACGUGUAUGUUAAAUAAAUAAACAUUUUGACUUUG